UGUCAAACUUUUAAAUAGUGCGGUGGUUAUUAUUUCCGAAACCUUAAUUUUUUGAAAAGUAAUAACAUGAGUAAUAAAACUAAACAUAAAAAUUUUCCGCAAAGAGAUGAUGCGGAAGAGGGAGAGGAAGAAAAAUUGGAACUAUGGUCUGCAGAGGCGGAUGACCCGUUGGUCAGAGAACGUGGAAAAUGCAUUGAACAGAACCACCACGUGCAAGUGUUGUUUAAAGAGCUGGAAGAUUGUCAGGAACGAGUGAAGAGUAAGGACUACACGGCAGAGACGUGCCACCAGGAGAUGAAGGACCUGAUUGAGGCCGUGGACCACUGCGUUGGCGACAAGGCGUUCCUUUUGUUGAAAUAAAUCUUUCACCACUGAAA